GCAUGAAGAUUGGGACAAUGUCUUUGGGUGAGAACAGCCCAAGGAGGUCAGCAGAUCUCCAGAAACUGUCCUGUCUUGCAGAAAACAGACCAUCAACCUGCUCAUUUUCCAUAGAAAGCAUACUUGGGCUGAACAAGAAAAGGGACUUUAGCUCGUCUGCUAGCAGACACUACAGGCCAUGGAUGGAUGUGAUUAUGUAUUUUAUAAUUUUAGCAGGAUUUGAUACUCAUUGCUGGAGACUCCCUAUUAUCAGCUAUGACAUACCUUUACAAAUGCAUACAGUGAGCCAUUCACUGGACAAGGAAACAGCUGUCCGCUAUGAAAAGUGCUGCUCGACGACUGAACGUCUGACUUAUAAAAGAGAACUGAGCUGGUAUAGAGGAAGGAGACCCAGAACUGCAUUUACUAGAAGUCAGAUUGAAGUUUUGGAGAAUGUGUUCCAAAUCAAUUCAUACCCCGGAAUUGAUGUCAGAGAAGAGCUUGCCAACAAGUUGUCUUUAGAUGAAGACAGAAUUCAGAUCUGGUUUCAAAACCGCCGCGCCAAGCUGAAGAGAUGUCACCGGGAGUCACAGUUCCUUAUAGUGAAAGAAACAUUAACUCCGCAAAUCCAGGAUAAAUGAGAUCCGUGUUACAUGUCCCUAUCAUAUAUCCAAACAACAGUGUAAUAUUUCUUUUAAGUCAUUUGAUACCACGGAAAGAGUUGGAAUAAAUGACAUUUGCACUCAUGUAAUGAUAUUU